UAAAGUUUGAAUCUUUAUAUGAUCCUGUUGACUAAUUAAGUGCUUAAGUUGUUAGGGUUUAUUGCAUAAAUUUUCUUCAUUGAGUUGAUAUUUUGGUUGAUUUCUUAAUUUGGGACUUUUUAGUAUAAUAAUUUAGUUGAAAAUUGUUCAAUUUGUUGUAUUUUCUAGCUUAAACUGAUUAAUUUAGGUGCUUUAUUGGUGAUUUUUACUUCAGAUCUUUUGCUUUUACUGUUGUUCAUAAAUAACCAAUUAGUUUUCUUCGCCUAGCAAUUUGAUUUCAGCAAUGAAAUUUACCAAGGGAAAGGAUGCAGCAAAGAAUGAUAAGAAGGAUGUCUCAAAGCCGGUAGCGAAUAGCAGUUUAGGAAAGCGAAAAGCGGCACUGAAGCCUGAAAGGAGUAUCAAGAAACAAAAUGUGAAAAGUAAACCUGAAAAGAAAGAUCCUAACAAGCCAAAAAGGCCUCCUAGUGCUUUCUUUGUCUUUCUAGAAGAUUUCAGAAAGAUUUUCAAAGAAGAGCAUCCCAAUGUCAAAGCUGUCUCAGCUGUGGGGAAGGCUGCAGGGGAGAAGUGGAAAUCAAUGUCGAAAGCAGAAAAAGCGCCUUUUGAAGCCAAAGCUGUGAAAAGAAAAUCAGAUUAUGAAAGGCAAAUGAUAGCCUACAACAAAAAACAGGAAAAAGGAGAUCAGGAGGAUGCUGAUGAAGAGUCGGACAAUUCUCCUGCUGGGCGUGAUGAUGAAAGUGAAGAGGAUGAAGAAGAAGAAGAGGACGACGACGAUGAUGAAUAAAAUCCGGACGCGUAACGGUAUGUAUAGCUAUUCCAGGACAAAAUCCUGGACUCUGUAAUUCCAAAACAUGAUGUGUGUUUAAUUGUUGGUUUUUCUGAAAUAUGCAAAAGCUAUUGCUGCUAACGUAUAAUGUAAGGUAUCUUAAGCUUCAAUGGCCACAUCUACCUAUUACAUGUUA